GGUAGACAAGGUUCGGCUAGCUGGAGGGAUAGAUUUAGAAUCUAGAUCUAGUCGAUCUAUUCUGACUAGAAUCUAUAUCUAUAGUGAGUAAAUUCUAGAUUUAGUAGGACUUCUCAUACAUGAUAUUUUAGCCACAGAGAACAUGUCAAACUCUGGUAUAGAAAGUGAUGCUGUUGGUGAAGGCUUUCACCAUGAAGAAUUAGAGCAAAGAGCUGAGAGGAGAGUUGCACAGGCUGGGGCUUAUGGAGGUGCAGCACCACCUACAACUAGUUAUUCAGCUGAGACAAGAUUUACUAAAGUGAAUAUAAAAAAUGCUCAAAAUGUUGUGCAUCAAGGAACUCUGAAUGUCACUGUGUUGAAAGAUGGCAGCACCAAAAAAAAGAAAAGAAAGGCCCAAAAGCCAAUUACAACUUCUCUUGAACAGCCAAGUCGUGAUCAAAUUAUGGACAUCAAAGACAGAGUGGGACCUGAUUGGAAAGAUUUGGGGCGGCGUUUGGAUUUUGAUGACGCUCUCUUAGAUCAGAUGGAAUUAGAUUUCAAGCCACUUAGUGAAUUGAUUUACCAAAUCUUAAAUAAGUGGAAGCAAAAUGAGCAUGAAAAUGCAACCAGAAAAAGGUUGGCAGAAGUAUUUAUGAAAAUGGAUCGCGGUGACUUGGCAGACUUCCUGGCUGAUUAAUUUUUUUAAAUUUUAGAAAACAAUUUUUCUUUGUUUGUUAAUGUCAAUGAGUUGGGUAUUUCUGUAAGGUUGCGGAUGCAUCUUUUAAUUCAACAUACUCAUCACCCUGUGUACAUUAUUAAUUAAAUUGAAAAACGUGCUAUUGAUUCAAAUGUCAUAUUCUCACAAAAAGUGUUUCUAGCUAAAAAUGCAACAGUUGUGUUAGUAUUAUUGCCAUUUUAAAAAAGAAUGAACACAGUAGAACACAGCAGCUCAUAGAGAUUUUAAAAAUUGUUUUGUUAAAUGGCAGUGCUGUGGUUUUUCACAUUGGUAAAGGUAACAAUAUUAGCAAAAUACCAUAGCCUCAAAUUUGUCCUGCUGACACCAAGGUAAAAAAUUGCCUAAUUUUCAUAAGAAAAAAAGCUUUUUUUGCCUUUCGCAUUAAUAAUUUUAAGUACGAAGUUAGUAAUUUAUAUAGAUAUAUACUUUGUUUCUGGGGGGGGGGGGGGGGUGGAGGUGCCACUGUAUAGGCCUACUAAGAAUUCAAAAUAGUGAUGUUGUUGAUCUGUGAUGUUAAUUGAAUUAUGGCCUAAACAGGUGUUUGUUAAUGUUUGUAUGUAAGUUUCUAUUAUUUGUACACUAAUGUUUGUAUAUAAAUAUGAUACUAUGUGUGGUGAUACGAGAUUUAUUUUGGAGUUAAAGAAGUUAUCUAAUGUGCUAUAUUAUAACUUAUAUUUGUUGGAACAGGUUUGAAAAGUUGUCACUGAAAACUAACAAUGAAAAAUGUUAUACUUUAUGUAUGUGUUUUUUGUUUACUGUAUAUUUUUUUUAUUGUUAAUAAUAACGUGAAUAUAAAAAAAAAACUGCUACUUUUAAAUCUAAAAUUUGGUUUAAUUUAAAGAAUUUUGUUAAAGAAUUUCUUAUAGAUACAAUGAAGGAUAUGGACUGGUAUGUGGAUUUCAGUGACUUACCUGAAUGGUAAUGUACUUACUGAAGUUGUGCCGUACACAAGUUUUAUUAACUGAGAUUGUUAGCAUGAAUGUAAUAAAUUAAUUAUUAUUUUUAA